GCGGGCGCGGGCGGAAUGGGGACUGCAGCGGCGGCGGCGGCGGCGGCCGGGGAGGGGGCGCGCAGCCCGAGCCCCGCCGCGGUGUCGCUCGGCCUGGGCGUGGCCGUAGUGUCGAGCCUGGUGAACGGGUCCACGUUUGUGCUGCAAAAGAAGGGCAUCGUGCGCGCCAAGCGGCGAGGCACCUCCUAUUUAACAGACAUCGUGUGGUGGGCAGGCACAAUCGCAAUGGCUGUUGGCCAGAUUGGGAACUUCCUGGCUUACACGGCGGUCCCCACAGUCCUGGUGACUCCACUGGGCGCCCUCGGAGUGCCAUUUGGGUCCAUUUUAGCCUCUUAUCUUCUGAAGGAAAAGCUCAACAUCUUGGGUAAGUUGGGAUGUCUGCUAAGCUGUGCAGGUUCUGUUGUGCUGAUUAUCCACUCCCCGAAAUCAGAGAGUGUGACCACUCAGGCUGAGCUGGAGGAGAAGCUGACCAACCCAGUGUUUGUGGGCUAUCUGUGCAUCGUGCUCCUCAUGCUGCUGUUGCUCAUCUUCUGGAUCGCACCAGCCCAUGGGCCCACCAACAUCAUGGUCUACAUCAGCAUCUGCUCCUUGCUGGGGAGUUUCACCGUGCCUUCCACCAAGGGCAUUGGGCUGGCCGCCCAAGACAUCUUCCACAACAACCCGUCCAGCCAGCGGGCCCUCUGCCUGUGCCUGGUGCUCCUGGCUGUGCUUGGCUGCAGCAUCAUCGUCCAGUUCAGGUACAUCAACAAGGCGCUGGAGUGUUUCGACUCCUCUGUUUUUGGGGCCAUCUACUACGUCGUGUUCACUACACUGGUCCUGCUGGCCUCCGCCAUCCUCUUCCGGGAGUGGAGCAACGUGGGCCUGGUGGACUUCUUGGGAAUGGCCUGUGGGUUCACGACCGUCUCCGUUGGGAUUGUCCUUAUACAGGUGUUCAAAGAGUUCAAUUUCAACCUUGGAGAGAUGAACAAAUCUAAUAUGAAAACAGAUUAGAAUGUAACAAGGGAUUGGGUGGCUCAAGGAGCAGGAAGUGGCUGUGGUUUCUGGCCCUAGUUUGAUGUGAGGUGGAAGAGACUCUAAAUCCCUGGUAGUAGAAUUGCUUGUACAUUAACGGUGGUCUGGUGGAUAGUGGGGAGGGAGCGCUGCUCAGCAGCAGGUGUGGGCCAAGCCCUCUGCAGUCUGAAGUUGCUAAGUGGUUGCCUGGGCAUCUCUCUCUCUCAUGAGAGAAUUCUCAUGCUCAUUGUCAUUAACCUGGAAGCUUUCAUGAACACUCUUUCCUUUUAAAACAUUUUAACAUUAUUUAAAUAGGAAAUAAAGAUGGGCUUUUUCUGGUUAGUCUUUGCGGGGGAGCAGAUAUUCUUACUUAGAUGAGUACAUUAAAUGGGAGAAACUAUUGUCUUGAUAUCUGAUUAAUACAGUAAGUGUGUCUAUUGUUAUUUUGCAUUAAGCAUGUGUAACAUUCAGGUGCCCAUCCAAAGAAGUGGUAUAUACAUUCACUUGUCUUUAACCCUCUAAUGGGCUGACUCUCCCACCUUCCACUCCAAGACAUUUUAGCUGCAAAUGGAGAGAAAACAGUGAAUGGACAUGAUGGUGUUCCAUCUACAGGAUGACUUUCAGUAGCUCAGAUCAGUUUCAGUGCCUUUAUCACUUGAACUAUUUGCUUAAUUUAACUUUUGCUGUGCAUAUGUUCUCUUAGAUUAGAAUAAUGCAAUCUCCUUGAUACUUUAAUACUUCACUUAUUCAAAAUGUAAAUGUGUAAAGCAGUUAGAAAUAAUAUAUGCAUUUGUUGGAAGAGGGUGAAGACUAAAGACACAUUAGAGCAAACUGGCCCUGUUAGCACAUACUUAUUGUCCAAUUAAAGACAAUUGACCUAAGUAACAUGAGGUAUUUUAUUUGCAUUCAAUCUAUGUAACUGGGAUCCAGUAACAAAUAUAUCCAUGUUCUCUUUCAGCGAGCAUUGUGGCCACCCAGAGGAAAUAAAUUAUUUAAUGUGCUAAUAAAGCUGUUAAUGAGAAAGUAAUUGUUCAAUAGCACAUAUAUUGAGUUCCCUUUAAUAUGGGAACAAGUUGAAGGAUGCGAGAUUAGGUUGGUUUCUACAAAUUGGAACACACAUGGUAAGUUUUCAAAAGAAUCUCUAGCAAAAAUGACAACAAUCAAUUUAGCCAUCUCCCUGCUGCUUGAGAUGAUAGAGCACCCAACCUCUCUUUAAACUUCUGAAAUGCAAAAUAGCCACUAUUUAUGCCAGUAUUUGGAUCAAAGAGAUCAUUUGUCUGUCUACAGUAACCUUCCAUGUGCAUUAAAUGGAACAAAGCACAAAGUGAUGUAAAUAUUUCAUCACGAUAUCAUGUACUUCAUGUUCAGUGUUUUAUCUAAAUAAGGAACUGUGCCAAGUUACAAGAAGGGACUGGGUAAGGUAGAUUUGGUGACGUAGAACAGGAAAUUUAAUAAUGUCCAAUUAAAGUUACUCAGUGAGGGAGAAAAUGUGUUUUUUUCAGGCAAAGACAACAUUUCUAAAGACCCAAAGAAUAGUUCCAUAAGGUGUUGAACAAAGAGGCUGAAUAAGUAAAAUGAAGACAGUUUAAUGUAGAGCAAAAAACACUUCAAUGAAUCAAAAGUACAUGUGAUGGUCACGGGUUGUCAGUGAUUUGUGAACUAAGAGCAGCAACAAAAUUAUUUUUAAAAGGUUUUAAAUGUUAGGUUAACUGACAGUUAAUAAAUGCUCAAAAAGUCCUUCACUCUUUUUUUAUCAACUCUUUGAAGUUUUUUUUUAUCAGUAUUUUUAGGAAUGUAGGCUUGCAUUUACUGAACUGAACUUUCUGAAAAUACAAUGUAGCCGAAUCAGUAUACUUUUAGGCAUAAAAAUAGUUUCCUAGAUAAGGAGUUUGAGAUAUUAAAAGAAUACGUGUGGUUAUACAAGUAUCUGAGAAAGUUCAUGUGUCUUAUGGAAAUUAUCACAUUUCUUUUGCUAGAACUUACACGUGAAGUUUAGUUUAAAUGGCAUCUGUUGGUAUUCCUAAUUUUAUUUUUAUUCAGGAUUAUACCAUGGAUACUCGGAGGUGAUACUUUCUGCAUAAUCAACCCUAUAAUUUUUUGGGGGUAAAACAAAACCUCCAAAGUAUUACUGGCCUGUCUCCUCUUGAAGGUGACUGGUCCCAGCACAGUUAGAGACUCCCAGGUUUACAUCUCAGCAUAUUACUUUAGUAGGAUGACAGCUUUCCUGCCAGUGGAACAAAGUUCACAUUGUGUACGCAUUGUAUUUCAAGUGUGUGACUCAAGCCUCAAAGUAAUUGGCAUGAACAGCAGUCUAACAGCCUAAUUUUCAAGUGUGACAUGGAGCAUAUAGUUUCUGACUUAACAGUAUUUAUUUUACAAAUUCAUGUUUUCAUAAUUCAUUUGGAAUUGCAGAGGAAAAAAAAUCCCCAAAUGAGAAUUUUGGGAAGGGUCUAGCAUGGUGAUGAGUCUCAUUGGUCUCUGCAAAAAUGAAUACAUAUGGAACAUUUUGAUUAGUAUAGUAUUUGGAUUUUUUCUGAUAAAACUAAGAAAAUAUACCUACUGUCUACUUGUUCUCAAGCCUUCUCUAAAAACAUAUAUUUCUGAUCACAAUUUGCAACUUUGCUCUGGAUAGAUACAUAAACAGGUCAUUUAUCUCCUCUCCUACUUGGACAAUGCCUUGUUUUCUUAUCUGAAUCUUUGCAUUUAAAAAGGUUGCUUCAUGUUCUGCUUAUUGAUCAAGUAUAGAGCCUAUUAGGGAUGUGACCCAAGCCCAGCACUGAGACAACCGUGGGUGUUUUGCUGCUCUGCAGGACCACUUCAUCUCUGCAGAGAAGGCUCUGGAGAGUCAGGGCAGGGGGUCCUGCAACCGUGAGGCGAGGACUGCCCACAGCUGGGACUUUGCGGAGGAAUCAUCACUCAGAUUCAUUAUGCACUUGUCACGUUAGAAUGUUAGUGAAAUAUAUUUUGCUACUCUUGGUUCAGCAAUAAGAAAUAUUCUUUCAGUUCCUACUUUUCAAGUCAAUUUGUCAUGCUCAGUUUUAGUUCCAGAAGUUCAUUCCAGCUGUACUAGUUGCACUCUGUUCUUUUUCUUUGGGCUUUAUGUCUGGUAGAAGACAGCACUACUAGAAUGUUCAUUCACUGCUCAUCUUCUUCCUUCCUGCACAGCUCAGCUCUUUGUAAACACCACCUGCACUUCUAGAGGCCAGUUCCAAGAUGUCUGCAAAGUGCUUGAGCUGUGGUGUCUCCUAGGGAUGGAUGGGCACUUGAGUACACAGAGACUGAGAUGAUGGUGAGCGGAGACCACUGCUGUGCCACCUCGUUUCUGUUGGGAGAUGAUACUCCUCUUUCCCAAGCUGCCCAGCUUAUCUAGCAGUGCAGAGAAGGUACUCGAUGGCCUACAGAGCCAUGCCCACGCCCACCACUCUUUUCUAAUGCCUACUUGACCUGACUUAGGUUUCCUGUGACUGAGUAGGAAACUGGAAAUUUUCGAGAGGAUGCAUAGGUUUAGGUCUUCUCAUGGCUGUCUCAUUGGCUCUGAAAGAAUUGUUCUUCUCACUGUGCUUAACACCAAGGAAGUAGUUCACCCAUCAAGCAGGAUUAGAUGGAAUCUUGGUGUUCUGCCUUCUCAGGGACCAACAAUGUAUAACAUUAACUCCUUAACAUUGAUCUUCCUUCCUCCCCAGGGCAUGCCCUCGUUAGUUUCUCAUACGUUUUACUCAUACUCAUAGCUGGAGGUCUGUGAACUUGAGAUGGAAAGAAAAGGUGUCAGUUUUCCCACCAGUCACACCAUAAAAGUUUAUCACAGAAAAUACCUCAAUUUCCUGUAUUCCUCACAUCCAUCUCACACUUGUACUAAUGAUGAAUUUUAAGAGUCUGUCCUUUAGCUUAUAGGCAGUUUUUCACAUCUGGCCAGAUUCGUACACCUCCAUUGUAUACUUGAAAAGAUUGAGAAUUUUAGGAAUUAGAAUGAGAAUUUGGCCCAAUAUCACUACUUGUUUACUUUCAUACACAUUUCUCACAUACAAAUGCAACAAAAGAAAUAUAUUUUAAGAAAAUGUAACUGCAUGUUGCAUCACAAAAAUAUUGUCUCAUAAAAAGUUGAUACUUGGUAGAACUAUGAUCAUGUAAAUAAACAUCUAUUUCCAAUGUACCCAAUGUGGUAAAAAGCGUAGUCUAGAGCCUAGAGCAUGAGCCAGGGAGAAGGAUUUGUUCUUUUCUUUUUCCUUGA